CAUGGAUUCCUCUAAUCCAAAUCAGAGCGAAGUUCUUCCAAUUCUAUCUUCAUUUAGAGAUCCUUUGAAGCCUAUUGAGAAAGCGAAAAGACCAAUUGUGAGAUGCGGUGUCUUUCCAAGAGCRAGUAGUCGAAAUGAUGCAUAUUUGAAGGGCAAAACAGUUUGUCUUUGGUUUCAAGUUGACACAAUUUUAGCAAGCAUAUUGUGGACUCUUCUUAACAAAUCAGACACAUUUAGUUUGAACUUUACGUUAUGGUUAUUUAGCAAUUGGAAAAGGGAGAAGAAAAUUUUAGGUUAUAGUUCAUGUCUAUGUAGCUUUGAACAUCAAGAAAAGUACUUUAGGCUACUGCACAGUGAUGUCAAGUCCAAGAGUCAUCGAUUUCUCAAGUUAAAUAUUAAAUUUGAAUUGUUGUAUGGUGCUUUUAGUAUAGAAUCUGAUAUAAAAUGGUGCAAGAGACUACAACCACUGGUCAUAGAAUGUAUGCUGCUAAGUGACCUCAUGUCCUGGUUAUCAACUCUUGGUGGUGCAUACUCAUCAUUAGGUGAACAGAGUCCGAUAUGUUCAGAAAAGGCAGGACAUAUUUCAAAACAUCAACUAUUUAUUGCUGGAAGACUAAAUAACCCAGUAUUGGUGGCUCAAUGCCAAGUAUUUAUGGCAAUGAGUCUGGUUCAAAGGGGUCACCUGAAAACAGCAAUCAAGAUAAUAAGGAAACAAUAUGCAUUGGCAAGCAACGGCAUGCAUGAUCAAAAGCUUAUUGCAUCUUGCAAAGCAGUCUGGAAUAGAAUUAGAUAUUUAAAACAAUCCAAGGUCCGAUUAAAGAAUUCCAAUACAUCACUGAAUAAAAGGACAUAAAAAAAGAGGUCAUAUACAGUAGCAUUGGAUUUAACAGAUCAAAGAUCUAGUAAAUGUAAAUUGAGGUCCRAAUAAUAUGUUUUAAUAUCAAAAGCAAGACUACUGUAAAAUAGUGGCUGAAGUUUCAGUGGCAGGAAUUUUAGCUUAUAAAUUUAAUUUUCUUAGUUGAUAACAUUAAAAUAGUCUARACUUCACGGUUACCUGCGCCAUAUUUAAAGCUAGCCGUGCCUUUACAUCGAAGUGAGACGACUCUUGAGCGGGCAAUGAUAGAUACCUAAGAAUAAUUGUCUGUAGGUGUGAAAGGUUUCUAUCAUUGCAUGCUCAAUGGUCAUCUUGUUUCGAUGCAAAGGCACGCCUACCUUUCAAGAUCGUGCAGGUAACUAAUGAAGGAUCGAGACUAUCACAACACAGAUGAGGUGGCUGCCUCAUGUCAGUUCCAAGGCUAUUUCUUUUUUUGCAUUCUCAUUCAACUUUAAUAAGUUAUAUUAUUUAAAAAAAAUAAUCAUGUGUGCAAUUGGAAUGUCAAAGUUUAAGUUUGAAGUUUAUGCUGUAGUUUAAUUUUCAUUUUUAAUUAUUAUAAUUAUUUUUUUAUCAAUAAGCUACUGUAUAUUGAAACUCCUUUUCUUGGUUUAUUAUAUAGUUUAUUUGGGUUAUUGUUUUUGCAAAGUACACAAUUUAUUAUUUAUAUAUUAAUAUAAUAAUAUAUCAUUGUAAUAAAAAAAAUUGAUAAUGCAUAUUUUGUACAUUAAGUUUUAAUACUUUCACAUACGAAAAAGACAGUAUGUAUAUAC